GCACCCUUCUUGUCAUCAAUUCUUUCCCUACCUACUUUAUCAAGCAAUAUGUCUGGACGAAAAUGGUAUAACCUCGAAUCGGCUACCGACGAUGCUAUCUUCGGCGGUCAAGAAUCAGCAUUCUCGGCUCUCGGAUUGACAAGAAGCCAAAGAAUCGGUGGUUUCGCUGCGUGUUUCGUAGGAGGUUUGGGUAUCAGUCUGUUGGGCGCUAUCUUGUUGUUCUUGGGGGCCACCGGUGCUUUUGCUGUCCUCUUCGCUCUUGGCGGUGUCAUCUCCCUAGUCGGCACAGGCUUCCUCGUCGGCUUCAAAACCCAGCUCGAAAAGAUGUUCAAGCCCGUCCGUGUCGUGGCGACUAUCCUGCUGUUCGCAGCCAUCAUCAUGACGUUUGUCAGUGCGUUCGUGCUGCCGACGGUUUUGUGUAUCAUCUUUGUCAUUGUGCAGUAUUUGGCGUACCUCUGGUAUACACUGUCGUAUAUUCCCUACGCGCGAACUGCGGUCAAGAGUGCUAUUGGCUGGUAAAGCAGCACCGCAGUCCAGCAUGUCUAUUACGACAGAACGCAUUGAACGAUUUCCAACAUGU